AUGGAAGACGCAGAGAAUAAUUUCAUGGACGCUAUCGCCAAGUUUCAGGAGGCUUUCGAGCUUGUGAAAGAACAUGGCGGUGGAUCGGCCAGUUUGAGGGAAGAAAUCGAAGAGCUGCAGGCGCAGGAGGCUGAGUUGGAAGAAGCGAAAGAAGAGCUGAAGGGGGAGUUUGAGGAGAUUUGCAGGACGUAUUUGGCGAUGGAGGAUGAAAUGGCCGAAUAUGACCAGCUCAAGGAAAAUCUCCAAGCCGCUGCCGAUGCACUUGGAAUCGAAAACGCCAGCCUCAAGGAAAUUCGAGAAGCAAUCAAGGCAAAAUGCGAAGAGCUCGGAACUGAAAACGCCAAUUUGAAAGCACUCAUCGAAUCUCACGGAGAUCUUGACGAAGAGGUCGAAAUUCUCCAGGUUGAAGUUCAGUCCUAUCAAGAUGCUCUUGAACCGAUGCAAGCUGAAUUAGACAGGCUUGAAGCUGAAAAUGAAUCCGUCGGCGAAAAGUACAGAAAGUACCGAAGAAAGCUCAAGAAGCUCGAAAAACUUGCCGGAAUCAUUCGAGACAAUGAUGAUUCAUCUGAUUUCUCAGACUAA